GCAACCGGGAUUAUAACUGUGAAUGCGCGUCACCUGGUGGCACGCUACUUACUCCGUUCUCGCUCGGUCCGCCUGGUGCUCUGCUGCAACCCUCUAUCAUCGAGCACGAGUCCUGCUCUGACCGACUACCGACGAGCACGGUAUGUCUGACCCACCCAAGAAACCGGGGUCUUUGCGAGACCGCAUAGCAGCCUUCGAGAACAAGGGUACAGCUGCUCCGCCCCCACCCGCACCGCGACCCAAGCCCGCUGGAGGUGUCUCCUGGAAGCCUCGCCCGCGCUCGCCUCCCCCAGUUAGUAACGCCAGUAGUGAUGAAGCACUGGAGGCCGCCAAGGCGGCCGGUAUGUCUGCUGCAGACGCGAAGACGAGCAUCGGGCAGGGUGUGAGUCUCAAGGAGCGCAUGGCCGCGCUGCAGGGUUUCAACGCCUUCGGUGGCAGUGCUGCAUCACCCCCACCGAAGCCUGCGACUGAGAAGCCAAAGUGGAAGCCCCCGCCGGUCGUCUCGCCGCCCCCUGCAGAUGACGAUGAGAAGGAGGAGAUAGCCAAGCCGGCUGUAGUCCCGGAGAGCGAGAGCGAGGGCGACGUGCAGGAGCACAAGCCUGUCACGGAGGGUGAACCUACCGGGGAAGAAGGCGAAGGGCAGGCAGAGCCUGAUCUAGAGGAGGAAGAGAGGCAGCGUCGGGCUGCCAUCGCUGCUCGGAUGGCGCGUCUUGGAGGUGCCCGAGUUGGCAUGGCGCCCCCGGUGUUUGGGAGGAAGCCUGAUAUCAAGAAGCCCGAAGCACCUAAGGUUGCAGAUGAGGAACACAGAGAGCAAGAGUCUGCCCCGGCUGUUAGUCCUCCUGCAGUUGUCUCGCCGCCUGAGACUGCCUCUGUCACAUCCCAGAAAUCCGACCCAACUGCGACAGAUUACUUCGAAUCCAAGGAUCCUGAGCACCUCUCGCCCGAAUCCGCUCCUACUCCUCCGGUCCGUUCGCCCGCAAUGCCAGUCCCAGCUGGUCCUCGCAGGGCAGCCCCACCGCGUAAGCGCGCCCCGAAGUCCCCUUCGCCGGCGCCGGCGACUGUCCUUCAGGAGGGCGCCGUGCAUGAGAGUCCGUCCCCCCUUCCCGGCGCUCCGCCCGCUGCGCCGGAAGUCGCCGCCCCGUCUAUUGUGCAGGCAGAAUCAUUGGGUCCUCAUGGGGAUCGCGAGCCUGAAGUCGCUGGAUCGCAGAUGGAUGCUUUGAUCGAGAGUGUUCACGCAGCGGAUACGGAGCUAGCCGAAGAGACGAAGAAGGCACUAGCAGACGUGACACCUCCUCUUGUUGCAGGGCCUAUCGAGAUAGAGGAACCCGAAGCUGAACCGCCUGCUCAUGAAGACAAAGCCCAAGUCAUUGCCGCACCAGGGGAAGCUGUCGAGGACGCUGUCGAGGACGCUGCCGCGGCGGAGGCAGAGGCAGAGGCACACGAAGAAGUUGCUGAGCCCACUAUCCAAGCAGAGGAGCACCAUCAGCAACCGGAGGAGCACCAUCUUUCAGAGCAGGAGAUUGCUCAGCAGGAGAUUGCUCAGCAGGAGAAAGCGGCGCGACGCAAGCGCAUCGCUGAACGCCUCGCGAAGGCGGGCGGCGUCAACCCUCUGAGCGGACCUGCUCCUCCCAUGGCGUCUCCUCCUGUGUCGCCGCCCCUCGGCCACAGCAUCCCUGCAUCCGCAGAGCGUCGCCAGAGCUUGAGGAAGGACAGCCAUGGAUCUAUCGGGAGCGAGAAACCGAGUUCACCGCCUUUGGUGCCAACCUCACCUAAGCCGGAGGUCCCCCGCAGGCAAGGGAGCAUGCACUCUGUGCGUUCCCAGGUCUCGCUGGAGCACUCUACGCGACGGAUGUCCCAGGAUGGUAAAUUUUAACGCUUUCGGUGACAUGCAGCAAUCUGCAUGCACCCGCAUUGUACAGUAGUUGAUUGAUUGGGUUGUUUCGUAUAGAACGCAGAUAUUCGCUCGGGGAGCCCGAGCCUGCCCCGGAACUUGUAAGAACGUUUGCCGAAGAGAUCGUCGAAGAACCCGAACCGCAUGACCAACACGAGGCUAUCCAUGAAGAGCAACAUGUCGCCGAGGAUAGCU